AAGAGAACUAUGUAUGGAAAUAGUAGCAACGAAUGGUUUUAAAAGACUGAAAAGCAGAAAGAUGAUUUUGAAGUGUGUAAAUAACAUUAUGUUGUAAAAUAUGUGUGCCAACAUUUUAUACUUUCUGUUCGAAUUGCUGGAUAAUGCAAGCUACGAAUGAUGCUCAAAAUUACGUUCUUUAUUAUUACAACAUUGUGGACAUUAACUACUAUUUUAGUUUUGAUCAGACCUAAAGCUCUUGGUGCCUGCAUUCAUGAUCAAGUCGUUAUUGAUAAUGUAGCAAUGGAUUAUGGACCAAUUAGAGCAAAGCGUGACAAUGAGAAUACUUUUGAUUCUCUCAAAAUAUUCACUCAUGUUGAUGAAAUAGAUAAAACUUUAUCUUUCAAUGCAAUUGCUAAUAUAGAAAAUGCAUUGAGGAAAGUUACUGAAACUCUUGCAGGAAUUUUUAAAGUGAUGCAAGUUCCUAGAAAAUUUCUUUUGAAACGUCAAAAUUGCAAAAGACGAUGGACUUCUGGAGUAAACGAAGGAAAAUGUGCUCAAAUUCAGUCAGAUGUUGAACACUGUUCAGUGAAGAAUACAGAUUAUAUUAUACCAGGCACUUUUUUAGAUGGGCUUGAGGCCUAUCAUGAAGCUGAUAAAAAUCCUUACAAGAAGAUUAUCAGUGGAAGGGGUAUUGAUGGAUAUAACUUCAUUCUUUUUGUGAUCAGCAGAUCUGAUGCUUGGUGCCAACAACAAGAUGUUCAAGCAUAUGCAUCGUUCUGCAGAACCGAUACCACUAAACGUCCUGUAGCUGGUAUACUAAAUAUGUGCCCUGAUUAUUUUGGCAAAAAAAUUUAUGAUCCAAAGCAUUAUUAUAAUGUUAUCUUGCAUGAGGUACUUCAUGUGUUAGGUUUCUCAGAAAGAUUGUUUAAUGAAUUUAAAGGCUGCUCAAUAGCAAAUACUUGUGAUAAAUUGAGUAAGACCACCGAAGAUGAUGCUAAUGGAAUCCCACGACUACAAUUUUCACCUGUGAUUAAAGCUACACAAGAACACUUUAGCUGCAACAGCAGUCAGUUGGGUGCACCCACUUCAAAUAAACAAACUGCAUCUCAUUGGCACCCACUUUUGAUGUUCUCCAGUAUUAUGGUUCCUUCUUUCUCAGAAGAUGAUAUUUUAGUUCUAGACAAGAUUACUUUAUCGCUUUUUGAAAGUACUGGAUGGUAUGAAAUAAAUUAUUCUGGUUCAGAACAUUUUCAAUUUGGAAAAGGAAAAGGAUGUGAUUUUAUUUCUCCAAAAGCUUGUGAAAAUGAGAAUUACAAUGAAUUUUGUACUGUAAGUGCUAAUAAAUCAGGCUGUGAUCUUAUGAACUUAGGAAUAACCCAUUGUCAAAGUGUUGCUUCAGAUCAGUCAUGUGGUGUUUUUAAACCCAGUAUGAAAGAAAGUUGUGAUAAACAACAUGAAUUAGAGCAUGGUAUAGAAGCUCAUGAAUUGGAUUAUUCGCAAAAAUGUUUUAUUACUCAAACUGGAGGAGGCAAUCCUGAGCCAAAAUGUUUAUUUAUUAAAUGCUCAUCUGAAAAUUCCUAUGAAGUUCUGUAUAACUCAACAUGGAUGCCUUGUGACAAUGCAAAAAAGGCUAGUGAUGGUCAAACUGUUGUAAAUUGCAUAUCUGAUCUUCCUAUUUGUCAGUCACAAAUUGAAAAAGUAACAACUUCUGUCUGUGAUCCUGAUACCAAUUAUGUUAUUUCUUUGAGGAUGUACUUUUUGGAACCUACAUACGCAGACCUAAUCAAAAAAGGAAAUUUGAAGUUUUUUAAAGUCAAAAUGAUACAUGCUGUAGCUAAUGCUAUUGAAAUACCAGUUUCAUACAUUGUAAAUGCUACACUAUCUGUGUUUAGACAAGUAUUCUUAGAUUUUUGUAUUUGUUCGCCACAAGACUUAAGUAAUACUGAACUUGGAAGAAUCAUUUUGAAAACUCAGAAGUUUCUGAAAAGUUUACAAUUUUCUGCAGUAUUAAAAGGAUCUGAAGAUUUAAUCAUUUCUUCAACUGAUAUGGCGAUUCAUCCAUCUAUUGUCACUACUUUCACAGAUCAUGAAGGAUUCCGAACAUUAUUGGUUAUUCCUAUUAUAUGUGCAAUAUUUUUGUUAUCAACUUUAACAGCAUCUCUCAUUAGAUUAUAUAUUAUGCAAAAGCACAAGCCUCGUCGCGCUGUUGAGUCUUCUGCAAAUGCAAAUGAAUCGUCCACAGAAAGUCACAUCAACAGGCAAGGAAGCUCCUCAGCUUUGUGAACUUUUCUAUUUUAGUGUUACGUUUUUUAAAUAUUUGUUUCCCAAAUAUUGUUUCCUGAAGCAAAAACAUGAGUACUUUUAUUCUACUGUACAAACUAAAAUAUAGUAUGUAUUUACAUAUACAGAAGCUAUUUUAAUAAGAUGUUUGCAAAUGUAUUAUGCCUGAAUAAAAUUUAUA